GUUUCAAUGGUCUAGAAGUGAAAUAUAAUUCCAAUACAUAAAGUUACACAAGGCUGAAAGGUAAAAAAUCACUAUUACACUGUUCAUUUUCUAUGAGCGUGUAGGCGUGUAUACGUGCAUUUAUAAACCUCCUAGCUAGGUGGCGGUACGCUUAAAAAGACCAGACGUUGGUCACAAUAAACCCUCUCACUUUUCUGGCCACCAGUCUCUUUGACUAAUGUCGAAGUUGCAUGGCAGGUCUAGUUCAGUAACAGAUUUACUCUUUUCCAACGUUUCUUAUUUUGUUUUCACAAUUGUAUUGAUAAAUCCAAAGCUAUAAACAUUUCAAAUAGGUUUGUUUAUAACUGAAGUGAAAUGUCAGGAGUACAUGAUUUAAUCUGAGAUGUUGAUGGUCACAGACAGUAGGCUAUUGAUACAACAAUGAAGUUAUGAAGAUUAAAGUGUUUAUGACGUUCCCUUUUUUGCACUCAUGAGACACGUCACUGUUGCUGGUAAACUUUGGUAUUGUGUGUCACAGUUUUUCAAGACGCUGUUGAACUUUGUUACAAUGAGACGACUUUUAUCGAAACUGAUAAACCGAGCGUUGCUGACUGAACCCUUUGCACCAGUAAUGGACAUUGGAGCAGGAGUCCACACAAAUGCUCGUCGGAGGCUGAUUGUGGGACUGGGCAACCCUGGAAUGAACGGUUCGCGCCACAGUGUGGGCAUGGCUGUGCUGGAAGCACUUGCUGCCCGGCUGAGGUUAGCUGAUAGCUGGCAUGGCGAUAGGCACGUUUCCGGUGAGGUCAUCGUAUCUGACAUCCAGGACACCCAAAUUGUGCUUCUCCGACCACGACUACUGAUGAACACAAACGGUGUAUCCGUGGCCAAAGCAGCGGUUAAAUACAGCAUCAAGCCUGAGCACAUACUGCUGGUUCAUGAUGAGUUGGAUAAGCCUCUUGGAAAGCUUGCUAUGAAACAAGGAGGGAGCGCCAGGGGUCACAAUGGUGUGCGGUCCUGUGUUGAGUGUCUGCAGACUGAUGUGAUGCCCAGACUGCGUGUUGGGAUUGGCAGACCAUCAGGUAAAACAUCAGUGGACCGGCAUGUUCUGGGCCGCUUCUCUCAGGAGGAGCAGAAGGUUCUGAGUGGGGUUUUAGAAGAGAGUGUGGACAUUCUCCUCUCCCAGCUCACUGACAAGGAGAAUAUGCAGUCCCCACUGUUGCCACGUGGAGGCAGACCAGCAUCACAGACUGGGAAACAAAGGGAGCGUUUAAGCGCUCCACGAAAGGACACGGCCACUGGCCAGACCUGAGACUGACGAAAGACUUUGACAGAGCCAGUGAAACUGUGACUACUCUGGGAUAGUAGCUUUGCUCCUGCUGAAACAAAGCUGCCUCUUGCAGAAAUAUGAAAGUGUGUACAUGUUUUUAUUUAUUAUGACUUUGUUUACGCUCUGGUUUAGGAUGUAUGUGAAAUGAAUGCCAAGUAAGCACACUUCGUUUCAAGGACAAAGAAUUUAGAUAUGUAUAAGAUAAUCAUCGCAUAGAUCUAGAUUGGUAUGCAUUUAUUUUUAAGUUUCCCAAACUACCAUGUGUAUGGCGUGAUAUAAUUAUGUGCAAGGUCUAAGGAGAGACCAAUACUUGAUAUUAAAAUUAUUAAACAACCGUCUUGCCAAUGGCAUUAAGAAAUGGAACUAAUAGUGAAUAAACUGAGGGGUUUCCUGAUAAAA